CUAUAAUAAUUCAUCAUUAAGGUCCUCUUGUGGUCCCCUACCACAAUGGAAUGGUAGACUAGGAUUGUUGGUGAUAGGUCUGGUAAAAUUAACGAUGGUCCUUCAACCAGAGGUGUACUCUGAUCUUCGUGGCUCUGGUUCUGGCCUUCUGGGUUCUCUAGUCAAUGUUUUGAUGAUUUUAUAGAGUUCAUCAAUAGUGGGUUAUCCAUAGUGUUUAAAUAGUGGGUUAUCCAUAGUGUUCUCCAUGGUGGUCCUCACUGCAGUUAACAGAGGACCACAUUCCACAGUAAACCCUUUUUGUAUUUACCUUUUAGUUGAUCUCUCUUUAGCUUGAGAUAAGAUAUCUAUAGCAUCCUCAUGUUUUUUAAAGAACCUACAGGAACCUAGUUUUUUUAAAGAACCUUCCUUAGGCACACAUUAUUGAUUCCAUUAGAACAAAGAUAAGGUCUGUGGGACUCAAAAUUAGAUUUAUUAAUGUGCCCAAUAUCAUUUUCUCUCUCUUUUUGCUUCCUGUUUUAUUUUUAUUCAGCAACUUUAAAGCUGCAGGCCUGAACAUGAUUUUAUAUAUCUAAGCCUGGAGGGCUUUGCGCCCAUCAAACAAAACUAACUGUAUAUCUAGGCCUCAAAAAGACUGUUAGCAUCAUAUUGAUGCAUGCACCAAAAUGAUGUUACAUUAGAAUUUUGAUGGCUGUUGCUAAGAAGAGCUAGAAAAGAAUACGGAGGCCAUGCUAAAGCUGAUUCAGGAAGAUGCAGAUUCCUUUGCCCAACGUGCAGAGAUGUAUUACAAGAAGAGACCACAGCUAAUCGGCAUGGUUGAACAAUUUUAUCGAGCUCACAGGUCAUUAGCUGAGAGAUAUGAUCUAGUUAAGUCUGAUUCGGGAACGCGCCUCCUGACAACAUUAGGGUCUCCAUUCUCAACCAAAUGCCAUUCAGAGAAGUCGAUGAGUGUGGUGGACGAAACCUACGACAGCCUCUCCGAAACCUGUGAACCUGAGGAGUACACCGAGUCUGAAGUUGAUGAUCCCGACCUAGAGGAUGAAACUUCAGUUGAUAAAGUAACAGAAGAGAAGGUUUCAUGUGGGGUUAGUGACGAUGAAGUGAGAAAGUUAAGGGAAGAAAUAGAGAGGCUUCAGGAAGAGAAUAGAAUUCAAAAGGAUCAACUAAAGCAGAAAGAUGAUGAGAAGAGAGAGGUAAUAAGACAGUUGAGUAUGGCUGUGGAUGUUUACAAACAGGAGAAUGUGAAGCUGAAGAAGUAUCUUGCCCGAGAAUCAGCAGAUAAUUCGAGUCCCUUCUUCGAGUUUAACAAAUUAAAGGGUACAUUUCUAGGGAAGUUGUUUAACAGAUCCCCACAAUCUCAUGCUCCCAUUGUUGCACUCUAGGUGUCUGUUAACAUGUUUUCAAUUAGUAUAAGUUAUAGGACACAGUUUAUAUAGAUGUCUAUAUCGGGGAAUUUCCCCUGUAAUUUAUAUUAGGAUUCUAGUAUUUCCUUUGAAGACUGCUUCUUAGACUUCCUAUGUUGUUCGUGUGUUAUUCUGCAUUGAUUGUAACUCAAUUACAUUGUUAUAAAUAUAGUAGCCCCAAGUUUGUCCUUGU